AUGCCAGGGAAAAGGAUCGCAGUGAUUGGUGCUGGGGUCAGCGGGCUGGGAGCCAUCAAGAGCUGCCUGGAAGAGGGGCUGGAGCCCAUCUGCUUUGAAGGGAGCAAUGACAUUGGAGGGCUGUGGAGAUACGAGGAGAAGGCUGAAGGCAGCAGGCCAAGUAUCUACAAAUCUGCCACCAGCAACACGUCAAAGGAGAUGACGGCCUACAGUGACUUCCCUUUCCCUGACCACCUUCCCAACUACUUGCACAACUCCAAAAUCAUGGAGUACCUCAGGAUGUACGUCCAACACUUUCACCUUAUGAAGCACAUCCGGUUUCUGUCAAAGGUAUGCAGUGUGAGGAAGCGCUCUGACUUUUCCUGCACGGGACAGUGGGAUGUGGUGGUUGAGGCUGAAGGGAAGCAGGAAUCCUACAUCUUUGAUGGGAUUAUGGUGUGCAGUGGCCUCUAUUCCGAUCCGUUCUUACCACUCGAGAACUUUCCAGGGAUCAAGAGGUUCAAAGGUCAAUACAUCCACAGCCAGGAAUACAAGAGUCCAGAGAAAUUUCGGGAGAAGAAAAUCGUGGUGGUCGGUAUCGGAAAUUCUGGAGCUGAUUUGGCGGUUGAGCUCAGUCAUGUAGCCGCACAGGUGUUUCUCAGCACAAGACGGGGUGCAUGGAUUUGGAACCGGGUCUGGGACUAUGGGAUGCCCAUGGACACAGUCCUCUUCACUCGUUUUAACUCUGUGUUCAACAAAAUUUACCCAGCGUUCUUAAUCAACCGGUGGGCAGAGAAUAAAUUAAAUGCUCGAUUUAACCAUGAAGUUUAUGGUUUGCAACCCCAACACAGAUUUCUGAGCCACCAAGCUACUAUCAGUGAUGACCUGCCCAACCACAUAAUUUCUGGACAAGUUCUGAUGAAGCCGAACGUGAGGGAGUUCACUGAGACGUCGGCCAUCUUUGAAGACGGCACAGAAGAGGACAUCGACAUUAUCAUCUUUGCCACUGGAUAUACUUUCUGUUUUCCUUUUUUGGAAAAUGAUCCCACAGUUCUGGACAACCAGCGUUCUAUGUUUAAAUUUGUGUUCCCCCCGCAGCUGGAGAAGCCGACACUAGCGUUUAUUGGCAUCCUCCAGCCAGUGGGAGCCACUAUUCCCACGUCGGAAAUGCAGAGCCGGUGGGCGGCCCGCAUAUUCAAGGGAUUGAACAAAUUACCUUCAGUGAGUGGCAUGAUGGCUGACAUAAAAAAGAAGAGAAAAAAAUUUGAAAAAGAGUUCCUGAAUAACCCUCGGGAUACCCGCAGAGUGCAGUAUGUGGAUUACAUGGAUGAAAUUGCUUCGGAAAUAGGAGUGAAGCCCAGCCUGCUCUCCUUCUUCCUGUGGGACCCAAAACUGGCCAUGGAAAUCUUCUUUGGACCUUGCACCCCAUACCAGUACCGCCUACAGGGGCCGGGGAGGUGGGCUGGGGCCCGAGGCGCCAUUCUGACCCAGAGAGGGCGCAUCAUCAAGCCCCUGAAGACUCGCGUCCUGGUCUGUGACCAGCCGCUGCACUCGGUGCCACUUUGGCUUAAAAGCAUCUGCACAGCCAUUCUGCUCUUUGUUCUCGCUUUGGUCGUCAUUAAAGACCCAGGUGAGGACAAAGUAACUCUUCUGAUGAUUUACGGAAACUUAGCAGGAAUAAUGUCCUCAUCAGAAACGCUCUCCACAAGGGGUAUAGCCUACAGAAUCGUAAAUAUCGAGGUAACAGGAUAUUUCAGAUCGAUGCCUAGUGAUGGCGUAAAGCUCCAAGGUCUAUUUCUACCUGGGCAGGAGGGCAGGAAGACACCGCUCAUCACGGCCAACGGGGCCCAGGCCAUUAGAAGCUCCCUUUCUACCCAGGCUUCCACAUCACUGAGAUAUGGGGAAGUAAAUAUGGUACGCUGUGCACUCACCCUUUGUCACCUUCCUCAGUGUGACACCUGUCAGCAUUGUUCACAUCUCAUUGGCUAA